AGAUAAUUAAGCCAACUUCAAAUGUCAAAAUAUGGAACAGAUGCUCAGAGCAAUGGCUCUGCAGAAGGUCUCAGGAACUUGGGUGCAAAACUCAGGAAAAUACAUCGGAAUUCUUCAGCAGGAGACCCCAAAGAAGCGUACUUAAAUCAUGCUCAAAAAUCUAAGUAUAUAAGCCAACAGCUAGAAGAGAACAAGGACCACUAUGGAUAUUCAUCCAGCCAUAACGACAACCCAUACAAAUAACACUGAAAGGGAUCCUAGACUAGAAGAUGCACCUGAGAGCGAUAUUUUCGAUCCAUGCUUCGGCUUCCCAGAUGGAGAUGGAGAAAAAUAGAAGAAUUAGCAGCAUAGUUAAAUUAGUAAAUGCUAGAGACCCUAUUAACAAAGUCUUUGAAUCUUCUGUCAACCUUGCCAAUAAGGAUGCUUGGAAAAGGAGAUCUAUUUUUCUCUCAAAAGCUAAACAAUUCGAACCGGAAAUGAGUAGACCUGACCAUAGAAAUACUGUGAUAAACCAGAGUCCCGACCCAGCUCCUCUUGUUGCUUCACUUAGUAAAGAAGAUAGCAUGGAAGACGAGCUCUGGGGAAAUGUCGAUGAAGGAAUUGGUGAAUACGAUAGAGUUAUUCCGGUAAUUACCCCACCAAAAUGAAUGGCUGCUCUCCUCGACAGAUUCUUACCGGUAGGGAUCUCGAACCUACUCAGGCAAAGCACCAGAUUUAGCCAUUCUUUUCAUGUAGGAGGUUCCUCAAAGAAAAGCCCCGGUGAUUCUUCAAUGAGCACUGCUAAAUUCAGAUCAAGAAUUGCCACAAGAACCGAAGAGAGCAAGAACACAUAUACCAACAAUAGCGAGAAUACUGGGUUCUUUGGUUAUCAGAAGAACUCAGACAUCUUUAAAGAAAAUGCUGUUCCAUCAGCUGAUGAUCCUUACAAUUUUGAAGAAGAAAAAUGGAUCACUGAAAAGACUCUUAAUCAGAACAGAGAGUCAUUGAAGAACUAUGAAAAUGAGAAGAAACAUAUGGAUCGCCUGAUUGACAAAAAUUCAGCUCAGGCUAAAGACCCCCACAAAGAGCCAUUCGAGGAUGAAGCUAUGAAGAGGAUUGCUGAGAUAGAUAAUAAGAAGCGUGCUCUAUCUGAAAUUCAUGUCAAGCCUAAGAAAAAUCUUAACUCGAUAGUUUCAAAAGCAACACCCUUCACAGUGGAUACCUCAAGCCAGAGAAGAUCUGAAGCCGAUGGUUAUAAAAAUGCUGAAGAGACCUGUAGCAAUAAAUCUAAAUCAGAUGAUAGGACCUCGGUUGAUGUCUGGAGAGCAAGCCAGCCCAUCGAGCCUAAAAAGGAAGACUUGGUCAGACAAGACUCAGAUCAAAAAGAUCAGAUCCUUGACCAAUGGCUAAGCAGAGAUAGAGAUGGAAAUGCUACAAUUACUGAGGAUGUUGAUGCAGAGGAUAGAGAAGACAGUAGCCGUAUGUCUCAAUCCACUGUUGGAGCUAAUGACUUCAAGACAACAGUAGCGAAGCCAAAUAUUGUAGAAAAUCCUCAGAACCAGAAUGAAGAGGAGGAGGAAAAUGAACUUCAUAAGAUCCAUAUGCUUCAGAGUUUACAAGCGUUGCAAUAUAUGAAGAAAGUGAGACUCCCUCCAAUAGAUGAACUUAGAGACAAGAUGGUGUUCUUGCCUCCUCCAAAGAACCCAAAUAUCAAGAAAACCCUCAUCUUCGAUAUGGAUGAAACUUUAAUUCACUGAGUAGAUGACAUCGAACUUGAGAGACCUCAAGUGAUCCUUGAUGUAGAGUUCGAAGAUGGCGAAAUAGUAGAAGCAGGUAUUAACGUUAGACCAUUUGCUAUUGACUGCCUCAAAGCAGCGAAUGAGCUCUUCCAAGUAAUAGUAUUCACUGCAUCCCACAAAUGAUAUGCUGAUGUGGUACUAGACCACCUAGAUCCGACCGGGGAGCUUAUUCAGUAUAGACUAUACAGAGAUAGCUGAUAUAAAACAGAGGAUAAUGUGUAUAUAAAGGAUUUAAGAAUUGUUCAAAACAGAGAACUCUGAGACUUAGUCAUCGUUGAUAACGCAGUAUACUCCUUCGGAUUCCAACUUGAUAAUGGAAUCCCUAUCAUCCCAUACUAUGAAGACCCAGAGGAUGAAGAGCUAUACCACUUGAUCCCAUAUCUAGAUAUUCUUGCAGAAGAAGGAGAUAUUAGAGACAAGAAUAGGGAAGCCUUCCAGCUCAGAGAAAUGGCCAAAGAGAACACAGAAGAAUUGAACUAUUUUGAGAAUAAUUAA